AUGGUGAAAGAAACGGAGUAUUAUGACAUUUUAGGCAUCAAGCCUGAUGCUACUUCUACUGAAAUUAAGAAGGCCUACCGUAGGAAGGCCAUGGAGACACAUCCGGAUAAGCAUCCUGAUGAUCCUGACGCUCAGGCAAAGUUUCAAGCGGUAGGUGAAGCAUACCAAGUCCUGAGUGAUCCAGGGCUUCGUUCUAAGUAUGACGAAUUUGGGAAGGAGGAUGCUGUCCCACAACAAGGGUUCGAGGAUGCUUCCGAAUACUUCACUGCGAUAUUUGGUGGUGACGGCUUCAAGGACUGGAUUGGAGAAUUCUCUCUAUUUAAAGAGCUGAACGAAGCCACAGAAAUGUUCGGAAAGGAAGAGGAGGAAAGCACCGCAUCCGCUAGCACUAACAAGGCUGAUGAGAAAGCAGAUGGCGGAAUGGUUAAGCACGACGCUAAUAAGGCUGAUUCUCUAAAGAAAGAUAAACUAUCCAAGGAACAGAGAGAGAAGCUACUGGAAAUGGAAAAAAAAAGACGAGAAGAUAUGAUGAAACAAGUUGAUGAGUUGACGGAGAAACUGAACGAGAAAAUCUCUAGGUAUCUAAUUGCCGUCAAGUCCAAUAAUUUAGAGGAAUUCACGCGGAAGUUAGAUCAAGAAAUUGAGGAUUUGAAACUGGAAAGCUUUGGUCUAGAGUUGUUGUACUUACUGGCCAGGGUUUAUAAGACAAAGGCAAACAAUUUUAUCAUGUCUAAGAGGACUUAUGGGUUUUCCAAAAUUUUCACAGGUACGCGUGACAACGCCAGAUCCGUUAAAUCAGCGUAUAAUUUAUUAUCGACAGGACUAGAGGCCCAGAAGGCCAUGGAAAAAAUGAGCGAGGUCAAUCCUGAUGAGCUAGACCAAUAUGAACGUGCCAAGUUUGAAUCUACAAUGGCUGGUAAGGCGCUUGGUGUCAUGUGGGCCAUGUCCAAGUUUGAGCUCGAAAGAAAACUGAAAGACGUUUGCAAUAAGAUUCUAAAUGAUAAGAAGAUUCCUUCCAAGGAACGUAUUGCAAAGGCAAAAGCAAUGUUAUUCAUUGCCCAGAAGUUUGCCAGUGCUAGGAGGUCACCAGAGGAAGCCGAGGAGGCUAGAGUGUUUGAAGAGUUAAUUCUCGGCGAGCAAGAGAAGGAGCACAAGAAACAGAGCGUGACCAGAUGA